CAUUACGUGUUGUCACGAAAGUGAGACAGGGCUCUCAACACUAGUUCAUUCUCUCAUCCAAUCCCUCAGUUGAAACUAGUUGAAACCAGUUGAAACCAGUUUGUGAUCGCAUGACUUAAUUCGAUGCCUAAUUUGAAUACAAGUGUUGCCUGAGCGUCUGGGUCGAACGGCACGUGUUUUAAGCACUGCGACUGAACUGACUCCAAAUGGCUCUCAACAGACGCGACUUGAAGGUGAUCUCGAUCACCCAGCUCAUCCUUUGUUUGGUGUUUCUCAUUUUGGGCCUUGUGGAUGGAUUAGCUGUGCGAUUCGUGUAUUCCAGCUUGACUUACACACCAUGCUGGUUAGCGACCCUUGUGUUUAACGCUGGUUUGAUGGGCUUGGUUCUAAGCAGCAUGCAUAGACCUUCCUUGACUCUGAUGAAUUUCUUGCAGUCUGUGAGCGUAACCUGUGCUACAAUAUCAGCGAUAACCGUGUACCACUACAUGUUCGCUUGGUCCAAAUUGAUAGCUUUGAAUUCGGAAGGUUACUUUCUCAGCAAUACAAAUCGCUAUUUCCUGGGUAAAGACGAGGAUACAAAAUUCACUGAAAAGCAAAAAUCCAUGGUGGCUGUUUCUUUCCUGAUCAUCAUAUGUUCCAUCAUUGAGAUCAUUCUCGCGAUAGCAGCCAUCAGGAGCAGUAAUAUAGAUGUUCAGGGCCCGCAGGAAUCUCAAGUAGGCGCUCGAUAUGGCCAACUUGAAGCUGGUCAGGUCCGGGUCCAUAUGCCAGGGCAGUCGAAUCCAACUGCACUCCAACCAGAAGUGGCUACUCCAGAAUCAGGCGAACCCCGACGUGCACCGUGACUCAAUAAAUACCGUGAACGUUCCAAUUAGCCCCAGAGAGGGAGAGAGGGGGAGGAGAUAAUCAAAUUCCAAAUUUGUAGAUGUCUUAAUAACUAGUUUGACCCUCAAAUUGACAUAAAAUUUUUUUGUAGUACGAGAAUUAAUAAAAAAGCAUACAAAUCAUA